UAAUUUCCUACCAGGGACAAUAGUUAACUGUCCAGGCAACAAGUCUGGCACACACCGCUGCUUUAACAUUAACUCAACUUUCUCCUGGUUUCGUGCCGAGCUGUUAUCUGUCGCCGUUUGGUUUCCAGCUCACCAAACUUGAACUUUAUGUGAGCAAACGUGAUGUUAUACAAAGGAAAGGUGGUUGCCACUCUGCACAGUUUUUAAGCGGCUCCGGGAGAAACUGAUGUCAGCUAGGUAGAUACAACUAUUGACGAGGAGACGAGGUGGAUGGACAUUAUAAAUCGCCCACAUGCUUUGGAUCAGUUCCCGGACUUGUGAAAGGCAUCUGAAGCAGAAGGUGGGAGACGUGAGCGCACAACCCUUGCAGCCCGGGGGAAGAUGGCGGAGCGUUCCCGCAGGAGGUGGUGAAGCCGAAACUUGGGGACUUCUUGGAUUUAUCGCCAGGCAUCUUAUCUCAGAUCGUAGGACACAUGCAGGCCAAAAAACGGUACUUAACCCUGUUCUCCGCCGGUGCGUGUCUCAUUCUGUUGUUUUGUUUUGGUGGGAUACAAGUCCCGCUGUCCAGACGGGGUCCCAACCGGCGUGAUGACCGCAGCAUCACCGGUUUUCAUCCCGGGGCGCGGUGGCGUCGCUUCCCGGGUUCCCUGCAGCCGUUCAGCUCCUGGGAGCAGGACCGGAGCGAUGAUCACAAUGAACACAUAUCUCCCAGGCAGAAGAGGGACGCCAACUCAGGCGUGUACACCGGCAGGCGCUGCAGAAUGGAUUCCUGCUUUGAUUUCUCCCUGUGUGAGAGGAAUGGAUUUAAAGUUUAUGUCUACCCCCAGCAGAAAGGGGAGAAGAUGUCCGAGAGUUAUCAGAACAUCUUGUCCUCCAUUGAAGGAUCCAGGUUCUAUACACCUGACCCAGGACAGGCAUGCCUGUUUGUCCUGAGUUUGGACACUCUGGACCGGGACCAGCUUUCACCUCAGUAUGUGCACAACUUGAAAGCAAAAAUCCAGAGCCUCCCUCUGUGGAACGGGGGCAAAAACCACAUCAUCUUCAACUUGUACUCUGGCACCUGGCCAGACUACACAGAAGACCUUGGCUUCGACAUCGGCCUGGCCAUGUUGGCAAAAGCCAGUAUCAGCACAGAGAACUUUAGGCCCAACUUUGAUGUUUCCAUCCCCCUUUUCUCUAAGGACCAUCCUAGGACAGGAGGGGAAAGGGGGUACCUGAAACACAACACCAUUCCCCCUUAUAGGAAGUACAUGCUUGUUUUUAAGGGGAAGAGGUAUCUAACCGGGAUAGGCUCAGACACUAGGAACGCUUUAUAUCAUGUUCAUAACUCAGAGGAUGUGGUCCUCCUCACCACCUGUAAGCACGGGAAGGACUGGCAGAAGCACAAGGAUGCACGCUGUGACAAAGACAACGCAGAGUAUGACAAGUACGACUACAGAGAGAUGCUGUACAACUCCACGUUCUGUCUGGUGCCUCGAGGACGACGACUGGGUUCCUUUCGCUUCUUGGAGGCUUUGCAGGCAGCUUGCGUGCCAGUGAUGCUGAGUAAUGGCUGGGAGCUUCCCUUCUCAGAGAUCAUCGACUGGAAUACGGCAGCUGUGAUUGGGGACGAAAGGCUGCUAUUACAGAUCCCCUCAACAGUGCGUUCCAUUCACCAGGAUCAGAUCCUGUCCCUGAGACAGCAGACCCAGUUCCUAUGGGAAGCUUACUUCAACUCUGUGGAGAAGAUAGUACUGACCACACUGGAGAUCAUCCAGGACCGGGUCCUGCCGCACACCUCAAGAAGUAACCUCAUGUGGAACAGUCUUCCUGGAGGCCUUUUCACCCUGCCCCAGUACUCCACAUACCUGGGAGAAUUCCCCUUCUACUACUCUAAGCUGGGUGUUAAGCCCUACCAAAAGUUUACAGCGAUCAUUCAUGUUGUAACCCCACUGGUCUCCCAGUCUCAGCCAGUCAUGAAGCUCCUUGUGGCUGUGGCCAAAUCCCAGUACUGCGCUCAGGUGAUAGUUCUGUGGAACUGUGACAAGCCUCUUCCAGCCAAGCAUCGCUGGCCUCCCACCUCAGUUCCUGUUAUUGUUAUAGAAGGAGAAAGCAAGAUGAUAAGCAGCCGUUUUCUGCCCUACGACACCAUCCCCACUGAUGCUGUACUCAGUCUGGAUGAGGACACCGUGCUCUCCACUACAGAGGUGGACUUUGCCUUCACAGUGUGGCAGAGUUUCCCAGACCGCAUUGUUGGCUACCCAGCCCGCAGCCAUUUCUGGGACAGCAACAAAGAGCGGUGGGGCUACACUUCCAAAUGGACCAACGAUUACUCCAUGGUGCUGACUGGGGCUGCCAUCUAUCACAAAUACUACCACUACUUGUACACCACCUACCUUCCAGACAGUCUGAAGACCAUGGUUGACCAGAUGUCCAACUGUGAGGACAUUCUGAUGAAUUUUCUGGUGUCCUCUGUCUCAAAACUACCACCGAUCAAGGUCACCCAGAAGAAACAAUACAAGGAGACUAUGAUGGGACAGAGCUCCCGUGCGUCUCGCUGGGCUGACCCUGACCAUUUUGCCCAGCGUCAGACCUGCAUGAACAAGUUUGCCAGCUGGUUUGGCACCAUGCCCCUGGUCCACUCUCAGAUGAGGCUGGACCCGGUCCUGUUCAAAGACCAGGUGUCCAUACUGCGGAAGAAGUACAGGGACAUUGAGAGGCUAUAACCCUCCAGAGCCCCCCCGCACCCUGGACACAACAAAGACAGAGCGAGGGGGCGGACGCGUAGAGAAACUCGGAGCCUUUCCAUGAUUGCAUGGAUGGAUCAGUGGUGAAGCAAAUGUGAUUGGGUACAGGAGGGGAGGGUGGAACUAGAACAGACACCACAUUCAUGGUCUCCUCCGUGUUGUCCUCCAUUUUUCCUUUCUACCCUUUCUCUUAUGUGUAUUGGGGGACAGCUGAGCACACAUGUCCCACUAUAUACAGUAUGUCUACCACCAACUGAAGAACACCUUUAAAAACUGCUCGACUUUGAACUGAAGUGGUCAAAGUCAUGUUGAGUUGGAAAUCAUAGCUUGCUGCUUUAGUGUCCCAACAGUGGCAAACCACUCCCAACUCCAACCCGCUGAAAACGACUCUCUGUCUUGCUUUGUACACUCUGCACAGGUUCCUGAAAGUUUUUUGCUGACAGAAUAUUAUCAAUAAGUAUGAUUAUGAAGAGGAUAACACUAUUUUGGAUUGUGUUUAGCUAUUCUUUUUUAUACAGUGAACGAAUGGCCAGCACUACUCUCUCUGUAUUGUCUUAAUUCAAACCAAUAGCAGGGUGGGUGAAGAGAGGAAUACAACAACCCCUCAACCACGGACGUGUCAUGAUUGUUGCUAUUCACAGUGCCUCAAGUUUAUCUAAUGGCGUUGGGUUGUGGGAGUCUGAGGAAAAAGACAUGGUGUGGGAUGAGCACCUUGAUCUUGCUGCUUUCUGUUUUUGUUUUUUUUGUUGUUGUUUUUUUUAAUUGUUAAUUUUCUUCAUAAUUGGUGGAAUUAUGAAUCUUGUAGUAAGUUCUUCAGGUCAGCAUUCACAUUUAUUAUUUGCCAAGUAUAAUAAAAAUGUACUUUUAGUCAAAGAACAUUGCCAUUGUGUGCCAUUCUGAACAUGUUUCCUGGUAAAACAGGACUUACACAACUAGAUUUCUCCAAAUUUGCUGUGUGGGAAUAGACACCCACAGGAAAUGAAAUGAAAUUCUCUAUUUUCUUUUUGGCUUCUUCAUGUCUCAUUCUAAUGGCUUAUAUGACAGGCUAGAAUUGGUACGUGAAUGUGUGCUGGCCUGAAGAACAAUAGGAGAUCAUAAGAAUUGCCUUGGUUAAGGGAGACUGGGCUUGCCAAUUGAGCCAACCAAUGGUCUGUUUGAAAUACAAACCACUGUGAAAAGUAGGGAAUCUUUCUGGGUUUUGUUAGCAGGACAUAUUUAUAUACAGUUAUUGUCUCUAUGCUAUAGACACAAUUUUUAUUUUGUCCAUUGAUAAUUAGGCAGUUAGCAUGCUGACAAGUACUUGACAUGGGCUAACACUGCUUUGUGCUGUAAAAAGGCAUAGGAAAGAAACUGGCACCUUUUGGUGAGAUGUGCUCUAUUAUGUAAUUAUUCUCAUUUGUGGUAUUUCUCCAACCAUAAAUACAUAAUUAGAAGCCUUACAUUUCCAGUAUGUUUGCAGAAUGCCAAUUAGUAUCUCUGAUGAUCAUAGAUUUAAACAGUCAUUCAUCUCUGAGAGAUUCAGAUUGGCAAUGUGCUGUUGUGUUUGGGCCGUGUUCAAGAGGCAAACACCAGGAAAUGUCCAGUUCCCUGUUGAGUAUCUAGGACUGGUAAAAACCAGGAAGCAUUAUAAUUCAGUCUCAUAAAUGACAUCUGUUUUUAUGUAUUAUUCUUCCUGGUCUGACAAAUGCUUCACAUUGUCUGCAAAUCUAUAAUGAAUACCAAGUGUCAGUGGAACAUGAAAUUGGGAUUUUGCAGAUGGAACAAUAGGCUAAUCGAAAUAGUUCCAUUAAUACUCAUGAUUCAUUUUAGUUUUGCCUUGAUGUGUCAUAUCAGGUUAUCUGAAAAUGUCAGUUUAAUUUGAGAAUGUGUCCCUGUGUUUUUAAAUCACUGUGCAUCACCAACGCAAAGUUUCUGUCCACAAAGUAUCCCUGUAAUGCCAGCAACAUUUCUAUAGAAAUCUAACCACACCUGCCCUGACGCCUCCUCUGGUACCUUCAGUUUCAUUUAUACAGAAGAUAAAUUAUGAUUUUCGUAAGCUUAAUCAUUGUGUACCCGUCACCCCAGUAUGUGCCAACAGGAUCAUCUGUGGUUUUGUUUUUAUAUAUUUUUUUUCAUCUGAUUUGAGGAAUAUCGUUCAUUCCCAUAAUUAUUUGGUUCGUUAAAAGUAUAUCCUGUCUGUAUAAGAAAGUCAAAUGUGUGAGAAACAGCUGGGGAAAGGAAGCAAGGUGUGUAUGUGUGAGACACUCAGCAGAGAGGGGUGCUGCAUGGUAUUUUACAUUUCUGAGAAUGUGCUAUCAGCUUGACGGCAAAUAAACAAUCCUAGUAUUACUAAACACAGUGCUAUCAAGACAACUGAAUAUGGUCAUGAACAGAAUCACAUUUCAGAAAUGAGCUUGGUGCAAUAUUUAAGAUGACAUUUUCUCUCUAUCUUUUUGUCUUUCCUUGUGUCGUUUCAGAGGGCAGGGGGUUAUAAAUUGAUGUGCCUUCAGAAGAAAUACACUUUAGGGUUUUCUUUUCUCAUUUGCCUUGUGCGACAGUUCCCUGUUUUCAUUUCAUAGUAGGUAAUUUUUUGUUUUCUUUAUUGAUAUCCAGUAACACGUAAUGGCUCCCUAAAUGACAUUGUUUAACACUGGAAUGCUACUAAGACUUAUCACCACACAUCCAAUACUGACAUUCCUGCCUUUACUGUUGUAGGAACUUUUUUUUUUACAUGCACUGCCUUGUAUUACUAUACUUGAGAGGACCCAUUAGAGGGUCCCUCUUCCUGGUUGUUUCAAGUAUAGUAAUACAUGUAAACA